GCCCUCUGCAUGGCGAAGGCAGAACCGGUGCGAUAGCGGCUACCGCAGGACAUAGCGUGGCCACCGCAACGACUCGCGCUACUCGGGUCAGCUCGCUAACACUGCGUACGCAUGGGUCCUUCUUGUGAAUCGCAGUGACUGCAUCGGUCUGCAUGACGAAGCACCGAAGGACUAUCGACUAACGAAACCGACCGUCGAUUUUCGGCGGCAUAGGACUGUGUGUGCACUCAUUUUGGUGACUUUGUGCAUGUAUGCUAAUAGUGAGACUCAGCACAAUACAGUGGCAAUAUGUCAGGCCAGCGACCGACUGUCUACGUAGCAGAGUUCGCAAACGGACGCUGUUCUCGCAGCGAAAUGAAAGGCUUUCGUACAACGCGCAACUAACGAAUAUCAAGCGCCGAGCGUUUCACGAUCUCCUAGUCGCCGCCAGCGGUGAUCCCACGAUAGCACGUCCUACACGUUACCAAGGUCGACCAACGCGGGCUUUGGUUCGUGGUUUGCAAACACAGCAACAGUAGCGACGACGAUUUCGGAAACGCUUGGUGGCUAGUAAUUGGUGGCUAGCCACUGCGCUUUAGAUGGUGACGCCCGGCGGACGCUGCAAGUCGCAAGCGGGCUUCUGGCUUCGUAUAGAGCGGACAUACGCAAGCACUUGCAGAUACACUUUUGCACAUCAGCGCACGCGACAGCUCCUUCCUACCGUUGAACCAAAACACUGACGAACCAAACGAACCAAGACGAACCGCCAAAGGACCAGUUCGGUGACCGAAGUUGAGCCAACGAUACGAAUUCAUCUUUGGCCAAAUAAGAGCAACAAAUUGAACGCCAUCUUGACAAGAGGGAGUGAUCAACAACGAACGAUUGUACACAUAUACAAGACGUAAAUGUCGUAUAGGCCGACGCUUCCCAAAGUGUCCGACGGCAAGCAAAUACGGCCGAAAACGUCCUCCUCAUAUGGUAGUAGCGCGCAACAUGAACCGAAGCUGGUAGCCGGUCGUGUCGCAGCGAAAAACGAAAAUCUCAAAACCAAAGCUAAAGAUAUUUGUCGAAAGGAAAGAACGACUUAAAAAGGAAGAAUCGUAUGUAACAUUGCACAUAAGGCUGAGUUCAAUUAAGUCAAACCUGUCGUCCUUAAAAUGUGAACCGUGCUUCUAGGUGUAAUUAACAGUAUUCGCUGUUCAACCGAAAACGUAUCCUCUAAUACAUUCGUAACACAGUAUGCUGAAUAGAUGCCAAUAUGGACCGAUCUAGUUACCGAAGUGCGACGCCCGAUCACAGGAUUGUCCCGCAAACGUCAUGGGACCUGCGGACCGCAUCACCCGCUGGCGACGUGAUUCAAGCAAACAAAUCAGAGGAAUGGACAACUUCAAAGAAAACAGUAAAUCACAAGACCCGUCAGAUCGAGACCCGCGUUCAGAGACAACUGGUACUUGAAGACGGAAAAGUGAUAGCCGAUUCUGGUCCUCAGGUCAGCCAGCGAACUCGCGAGGAUAACAAAAUCGAAGAAUCUGAGGAUACAAAUCAUAAGACUUCCGGUGAACCCGAUCUGCCCGUUGGAUACGUCAAAAUUCCAGGAUCAGAACGGAUCAUCGAUGACAAAACUACGACUUACCAUACGACGCGAGAAAGUCGAGAAGAAAACAUUAAAAUGCACGAUGAAGACCAGAGACAUCUUGAUAACGUCGAAAGCGUACACCGGCUCGCGCUUACUGGCGAUGAAGUAGCGUUGUGUGAUCCGCACAAAUUUAAGGGAAAGGUCACACAUUAUAGUGCUCGGAGCAAGCGUGUGACGGAUAAGGACCGUAUUAAAGAGCUAACAGAACACAUUGAUGGUAAGGCGAACACGCAAAAAACGCGCACCCACUUCCACGAAGAGCAGAGUGAUGAUGAGGUUCCCGAGGAAUACGCGGAACGUGACGCCCCAGCUUACGAUUCAUCAACCUCAAGGAAUUUCGAGUAUCUGAACGAUGGACGAGGUAAAUUUGACUAUUUGUCUGACAAGUUGAAUAAGGAUCGUACGUAUCUUCAGAUUACACAAAAUAGACACUCCACGGAUCUUCGUCACGAAGACGAUUAUCCAAGACCUAUUGAAAGCACGAACAGGGCUUCGAGGUGGCUGGAAGACCACUUCAUCGAAGAAGAUCGUCAACGGGUUAUCAAUGUGGACACCACUCGCAGUACGCAGGAUUCACGUGACUGUGAAUUUGGAGCAUAUCACCGCGUGGCGGACCUUCGGGAUCAACGUGAUUCACGUCACAGUGAUAUUCGAGACAGUCGAACUAAUGACCAGCGCCGCCACGAGACCAUUUAUACUGACAUUCGGCAUUCCGACUUACAUUUACGGGACAGUCAUCGUGAUUCACAUUUACUUCGUGAAGACCAAGGUCAUUCGCCCAUUAUUACAUCGCCACAUUCCACGCUAAAGUCGGUCCGUAACGAAGAUUACAGGACGCAUACUUGGCGUUCGUCGACUGGCGGUCCAGGCAAUGACCCAGAGGUGCGUUAUACCGUGCGCUCGCCUGACUCAACUCUAUCAACUGGAAGUCGACCGUCAAGGACUUUCUACUUUGGAGCAACAGGACAUACAAAUGAGGCCCUUUCAGCAGUUUCGCCAUUAUCGGCGCCAUCGCUCGUCAAGAAAAGUAGCUUUAAUCUACGCGGACGCUGACGCAUUCAUUCGACCAGACGACAACGAUAAACAACAAUAUAAGACUCAAUUUAUAUAAGUUCAGAAGAACCAACUUUUAAGGUGAAAAAGAAAAAGGAUUCAUGAUAGGAUAUUACUUCGUGAGUUUGAUGGUUUCAUAACAGUAAAAUCUGUUCGGAGAGGACCGUAUAAUCCGCUUGCACUAGUAACCUAAUUGUGCCUGACAGCCUUGAAUCGCAAUGGUUUAUUUUUUGACAGAAGUAAAUCACCAUUCAGAAUGGUUGAAAUGACGUUACAUCCCUUGUCCCUUUGACUUGAAAUAUAGCAUUUUAAUUCAUUAUUUCAACAUAUAUAGCAGCUCGGAAAGUUAAGAUUCAAAGGAACUGAAAAAUAGCUUAUGUACGGCAACCAGCAUGGCUUAAAAUGUCGAUAAAUAGUGAAUCCACAGCUUCUUAAUUGAAUAAUAAAUUAAGUUAAUUAAAAGUUUCCAUUUUUUAAAUACCGUAUAAGCUUUCCCAACUUCUUUUUCAUACAGCCAUGUUGGUAGAUUGGAAAAAGACGAUUUUCAUUUAUGUCUUCAUUAACAGGGAAGCAUUAAUUCAAGGUUCCUCAUAAGAAAAACUUCGAAAAGAAAGAAACGAAAAUUUUAUACAGGAUAAUAAGUAGGUCCAAUGUUAAAAGCGACGUCUAACGUUUUCACCUACCAAUUGCGUACUCCUUGUGCGCCUUUAUAUAUGACACUAGAUUUAGUGCCUACUACCAAAAGUGAUUAUUUUAAGCACGAAUUCAAUUGCAACAAAUGGCUUAUUAUUAGUGGAAGGUUAGGCAAAAAUGCUACAGGCUGGCAAAAUAAUGUCGAAAAUUUCUCUUUAUACAAACUUCUUUCUAUAAGCUUUGUCAUUCUCAUGUCCAUUGAGGACAUAUUGCUAAAUGUACUCUCGCAUAUGCACACACCUCAAGUCCAUUAUUUUCGCCUCAUGCUAUGAUAUUACCAAAUGUCCAUGUGUCCAACCUGCUAUUAAUCUUACCUUAUCUUUACGUAUAUUUAGGCCUCGUCAUCGAACGAAGUUUCACUCGUCACAAUGCAGGUUUUUUAAAACGAAGUUGUUCAACAAGUAUUUAUCAACAUUUGGUGGUAUAUAAAGUGAUGAAUCUAUAAUCGUUUUGUGUUCGAUCUGGUUCUUCUGGAUCUGGUCGAUCUGAAGAUGUUCGUUUUGGGCACACUCAGCUCAUUUAAAAGAGCAGUUGCAGCGACAAUAUUUCUUGUUUUUUUGCUAACUCACUCCAGCACACAUCGCGUACACGCUGAUAACUCGACCGGUGUGCUUGGUACUAUGAUGGACUCAUAGAUUAACAUUCCAUAACAAGUAAUGUAGCUUAGAUUAUUUUCUCUGUGCGUGUGGCCUGGAAAUCUGUGUUUUAUUUUUCUAUGACAAACUAAUAAUAAUAAUAUAUUUAAUAACUUUUUAUUUACACACGAUAUAUUUAAGUAGUUCUAUCGACCGGUAACUCCAUACAUAUAAUUGUGUUUGACGGAGCUGAAAUGAAAAAAGGUUGUAACAAAUUGUAAUAGUUUGAUGACCGAGGUCCAAUUAAUAAAGCAGAGCGAUAAUUUAACAUGUAAUAAGUUAUUCUGUCUUCUACUCAAAUGGUUUAACACAAUAGCCAAACUUGAGUUCCUGGUGGGCAGCGUACUCGGACCUGUUAUGUUAGUAUAUUAGAGCUCGAUUUUAGGCACUAAAAAGUCUCGGGAAGGUGAUUUCAGAACAUACGGAAGACAGUUGCAUGGCUAUCUAGGGUAAAAGGAUCAAUAGAAUUCCAGUCCCCCAAUCCCACCUACAGUGAACCGAAAAACUAAAAGAAAAAUUGACCGAAUAUGGUUGAUUUCAGAGGUCGAAAUUAAUGAUUGCCACAGGUGAUAUGAACGUAAUCAUUGGCAAGAGUAAUCAAGAGAUUUUUCAACCUUUGAAAAGAUUUUAUGUGAAUCUGGCGUAAAGAUUGUAAUUAAUUCUAAAAUAUUAAUCUUCAUGGGAUCUUCAGUCAUGAACGUAUUCGCAACAAACUUCUGAAGGAGGACGUGUGGCGUAGCGGACCACAAAUCCUACUUAGUGAACUAAAGGAUGACUAAAAUGGAACGUAAAAAACGAAAAUAUUACAACAUUAAGUGCUGUAAAUACGAUUUCGGGUAAUGCGGCCAAGCUAGAUCAGUGAAUCAGCUUACUCUCUUGAACAUCAAGCAUUUUAAAAGAAGAGGAAAGUUUCAAUAGCGUUAACCUGUGUGCGUAUAUUUAGAUUUAUUUUGACUUACUUGUAAAUUUGCAUGAAAUGCGUGAAAUAUGAUUGAAAACCGAACCAGUGCACGUGCCAUUCACAAACUCAACGUGUUUUGUUAGCGCCUUAUAGAUCGAUUUUUUAAUUCUAAAUGGUGCUCAACGAACGAUCAGUAACUAUAAAAUAGCAGCAUCUUGUUACUUUUUAUACUUUAACACUAUUGUAAAAAACAAUUUCUGAAUGUCGAAAUUUAUUGUCGCUUGCACCAAGUGCAUUAUUUUCAUUAUUGAGAGACAUUUCAACAAAAAAAA